UCUCCUUCUCCGUCAGAUUCCUAUAUACUCCUCUAGCGGACAUCCCUUCAUCUCACUAUCACCCUCAUCCUCGAUCCGCACUCACGCAAAUCAAAGCCGUCCCUCUCCCCAAUCAAUACUCAACCUCACCUCAACCCCACCAUCACUAUCAUCUUCCUCCUCAACCCCACACCCAAAAUUUACCUCAACCUCACUCGUAAACGCCUCCCACUAAUUACCAACGAAGAACGCUCACCAUCUUCCCAAGGUAUCGGCCACCUGCCUUCCUUGUUCUGGGACAGCAUGAAAUUGAAAGCUAUGCCCUUCAGGACAUCGAUUCCGUGGGCUCAGAGAUCGACUUGGAACCCGGGGCCAUGUCAUCUUCUGCAAUUCAACUAACCACCCAUCCAAACUUACCACAAUGAUCUCCCUCAACUCCGCCCUGGUCCUGAUUCUUCAAAGCCUUGGACAAGCUCAAGGCCAGCCCUACCCCUGUUCUGGUCAACCCCGGGCCUGCGUCGCCCACAUUGUGGAUGGGGCCAAUCCCACUCCUCCCUUGACCAGCCGUCUGGCCGACUGUUCCAGCUACCAAGCCGUAGUAGUGACUCCUCACCCAACCACCGUAACCACCACGGUGGCCACCGAGACCGUGACCGUGACCACCACCUUGGGAGGCCCGGUGCAGCGUCGAGCCAACGUCGCUGCCCGACAGGUCACGUCAACCCCAACCGCUGUGCCCACCUACCUGGAUAACCCCUGCUUCAAUCCCGGCGUCUAUGGCUCCGCCUGUGCCUGUCUCGGGGUCUCCCAGACCACCACUACAGCGCCCACUCCCACCAGCACCGUCUCCGUCACCGUGACCACCACCACGACCACCACCGUGACUCCCUGCGUCGGCGGGAACUGUGGCUCCUACGUGCCCGUUCCCUGUCCUGAAGGCGUCUGUGCCUGCGGCUUCGACGUCAACGGCGAUACCUUUUGUUUUGUGGGAGAAGAUUGUGGCCCACAAUGUACAACUAAUGCGGAGUGUGGUGCCGGCUUUAGAUGUCUGGUUGGUAGUUGCUGCGGGGAUAACGUCUGCAAUCACGAAUCCACGGGCUCUUGCCUUAACCCGCCUUUGCAGCUGCAGGGGGCUCCGCCGGUCGAUCUGACUGGCUGCUCUAGUGUGUCGUGUCCGGAUGGAGAUGAUAUCUAA